CUUUUCCGCCUACAAACAGCUCCUUUUUCUACACUUUUGCGCUAACGCCUGUUACACCUUCAGACCAUAUCAUGGCAUUUACGCAGCACGAUGUGCACCAGCGGUUACCGUUAUAUCGUGCAGACAGCUAUGACUGGGACAAGCCUAAAUACACCCAUGUCAUCUCGACUGACCAAAGCCGGUGGCGACUAUCAGUCCGGUCUGUACCGAAACCCGUGGGCCUUGCUCUUUUGCUAUUCAUCGGUACUGUUUCGUAUCUUAUGUCGCUCCAAGGCGACAACCUCCUGUACAUCAACGAGCACUUGGGAAUCAUGGGCGCUGAACUUGUGGUAUCAGUAGCGUGUAUGACUGCCGUUACCGUCAUGCUUUACGCGAGCCGCAUGCGCAGAAGUAUGCGACGGGUGACAUUUCUGGCGAUGCUUGGCACAAUGGUUGCGCUGUAUUGCUACGACCACGGCGAGCGCUUCGAAAAGCACGGAUUCUACAACCUCCUGGUGUUUUUGGCAAUCUAUGUGCCACUGAACAUAGCCAUUGCAGUGUUCUACAUACUGUGGUGCAAGAUUGAGAACUUCCUCGUGUACUUUGCUGUUGGAUCCAUUAUUGCUGGAAUAUCGGCAGGUAUAUCCCUGGGCGUGCUGGGUCGAUUCCAGUAUAUCCCCGGCGAGUGCCAAUGGGUCGGCACUAACAUCCCCUAUGUCGACUUGCUACCUGCCGGUGCACAAAACUUUUGGGCUGGGUCAUCAAAAUCCGCGCGCACAUUGACGGAAACCGGCAUUCUGCACGUGGACUGUGGGCAUGAGGAUAAGAUCUAUGUCGACGUGCUUCCCGAUACACGCCUGAUCUAUGGGAAUGGCUACAACCGCAAUGUUCUGAAUGCAACCCGGCGCAUGCCCUACACCAGUGCACCCUUCAAGGUACCGCACGGCAUCCAGUCGGUUGUUGUCCGGUGCGGAUCAAGCAGCAGUGUUGUGACUCGAGUGAGCCCACCCGCGCACAGCCUCCCUCAAUACAUUGCGCACACACGGAGACAGCGCCCGAAUGUUAUUUUCCUGAUGCUCGAUGCCGUGUCUCACCGCAUGUUUUUCCGGUCGCCUGCCACGCACUGCACGUCCUCGCGUCUUUUCGAGCUAUACCGCUAUCAUUCAGUCGGAUUUAGCACGGAUAACAACACCAAGGCCAUGUUCGCUGGCGAAAUCUACCCAUCAAAAGAAAAGCAGCUACCGAUCUGGGCAUAUUAUCGCGACCGCGGAUAUGUGACAGCCCGUGUUGAGACUGGCUGCGAAGACUGGCCGCAGGGAAUAUCUGGCCGACAAGUUCGAUCCGCAAACAUUUGCGUUCUCCUACCCGCAUAUACCCAGAAACCGGCAAUGCGUUUGGGAAUUUCAAGGGAACACUCGAUUACUGCACGGUGCUUGUACGGAAGGUAUUUGCAUGAAUAUGCGCUCGACUACAUCCGCAAGCUGAAGCGUGAUAUUCGCGCGAGCAGGCGUGAUGGAAAGCCAUAUAUGAUCACUGCUGCAUUCAUGGAGGGACACGAGGGCACCAGCGAAGUCCUUGCCACGAUGGAUCAUGCACUGUCGGAGUUUAUUGAGGGCAUGCGCAAUAGCGGCGAAUUGGAGGACACUGUGUUUAUUCUCGGCGCAGACCAUGGUCUCCACAUGGGACUAAACUUUGUUUUUACGCAGAACGGACGGAUCGAGCACCAGAACCCGCUCUUUGCCAUGUCGAUGCCUGAGUACCUGUACCAGUUUGCUAAUGCAUACCAAGAGCGCACAGAUGGUGGUCUGUCGCCAUUCAAGGCGAACGAGCAGCGGCUGAUGACUCCAUUUGAAACGCAUUAUACGUUCCGCCGAUCGCUAUUUUCUGCACAAAAGGCUGGUCGUACAUGCGAGGAGGCUGGUAUCGGCGCCAGCUAUUGUAUGUGCAAGGUCCCAGAGAGCCGGAAUUAGCCGCGUUCACACUACAAGAAUCCACGCUGCUAUUCUCUCUUAAAAUACAUUUCAUGCUGCAUCCAUCCAG